AUGAGUGGCACAUCCAGCGGAACGUCGACUACUGUUGGGUAUACACUGGCCAGUGUUUUGGGUAACAAAUUCCAGGAUGGAGAUGAAGACGCUCGCCAGCACGAAGAACCGUUCACUGGGAGCCAAUCCGCCUGCUCCCACAUCACCAGCCACAAUUCUCUCGAUAGGCUACCAACUGCUCCGGAAUGGCUUCAAGAUCAGCUACCUUCGCAGGUCGAGGCCGUAGACUAUCUCAAAUCGCUAUUCCCCUGUAUAUCAUGGCUCCCUCAUUACAACUUCCAGUGGCUAGCUGGUGAUGUUGUGGCUGGUGUCACUGCCGGGGCCGUCCUAGUACCCCAAGGGAUGGCUUAUGCCUUGCUGGCAAACCUUCCACCUCAAUACGGCUUGUACUCAUCCUUUGUGGGACCCCUCACUUAUUGGAUAUUCGGCACAUCUAAAGACAUUUCCCUCGGCCCAGUAGCCGUCCUGUCGACUGUUGUGGGAACUGUAGUAGCUGAUAUGGGUGUAUCCAAUGGCGACAUUCCACCCAACGUGGUUGCUACGGGGUUUGCAGUUAUUGCCGGCAGCCUCGUUCUCGUUAUUGGUAUUUUGCGGCUGGGCUGGUUGGUCGAUCUGAUUUCCAUCACCUCGUUGUCUGCUUUCAUGACGGGAUCCGCCAUCACUAUUGGCGCCAGCCAGCUCCCGUCCCUGUUGGGCAUCACGAGCUUUUCCAACAGAGAGGCAGCAUACAGAGUCACUGUCAACACAUUGAGGCACUUACGCGAAGCCAAGCUUGACGCCAUUGUUGGUCUGACGGCUCUCUCCUUUCUUUAUCUCAUACGAUACACUUUGACCAAAGCUGCCGCGAGAUGGCCGAGCCAUAAGCGUGUCAUCUUCUUCCUAAAUACUAUGCGGACAGUGUUUGUCAUUAUUAUCUUCACCAUGGUGAGUUGGGUGAUCAACAAGGAUCGAACGGAGCAGCCGGCCAUUCGUGUUCUGGGUGUCGUCCCAAGAGGCUUCGAGUGCAUCGGCGUUCCGAAAAUACCCUCGUCUAUUUUCUCAAGACUCUGUUCCCACCUUCCGGCUGCUGUCAUUGUCAUGAUUGUUGAGCAUAUUGCCAUCUCCAAGUCUUUCGGCCGGGUGAACAACUACACCGUGGAUCCAUCCCAGGAAAUGGUUGCUAUAGGCAUGGCCAACCUGCUGGGCACAUUCUUCGGCGCCUAUUCCUCUACCGGAUCAUUCAGCCGAACAGCCAUUCAAUCCAAAGCGGGCGUCAGGACUCCUGCCUCGGGACUCGUUAGUGCAACGGUCGUGCUUCUGGCCACCUACUUUUUGACAGCCGUCUUCUUCUACAUCCCCAACGCAGUUCUCGCCGCGGUCAUCAUUCACGCCGUUGGUGACUUGAUCACGCCGCCAAGCACCAUUCGCCAGUUUUGGAGAGUCUCCCCCCUUGAAGUCUUCAUCUUUUUUAUAGGCGUAUUCCUCAGCAUCUUUUCGCAAAUCGAGGACGGUCUGUAUGCGACCGUUGGCAUAUCGGCUCUUGUCCUCUUAUAUCGCAUCUUGAAGUCGCGUGGACGGUUCUUGGGCCAGGUCAAGGUCCACUCUGUCCUUGGGGAUCACGUCCUCGGUGACAACCACCGACAACUAGUGGGACGGUAUGGCACGUUUGAAGAAACGGCCGAGAUUGCUGCCAGGAAUAUAUUCCUACCACUUGACCAUGACGAUGGCUCAAACCCAGAGGUGGAGCUGGGCAACCCUUACCCCGGUAUCUUCAUCUACCGUUUCUCGGAGGGCUUGAACUAUCCAAGUGCCAACUUUGCCCUGGAGUACUUGACCAGCUACAUCUAUUCGCACACAGGUCGAACAACCCCAGAGACGUUUGAACGCAAGGGCGACAGGCCAUGGAGUAGUCCAGGGCAACAAACAUCUGGCAAGUCAAGGGCGGAGUCGUGUCAUGAACCAAAGCCCACAUUGAAAGCCAUUAUUUUGGAUUUUAGCUCUGUGAACAACGCCGACAUCACCUCUGUCCAGCGCCUUAUCGAUGUGCGAAACGUGCUUGAUGUCUACGCAGCCCCCGACGUCGUGGACUGGCACUUUGCAUGCAUCAACAACCGAUGGACCAAGAGAGCGCUCGCUGCUGGCGGGUUUGGCACUCCCACGCCGCCCCGAGCCGGCGUUCCGCACAGAUGGAAGUCCAUCUUCAGCGUUGCAGAGAUUGGUGGGAAAGACUCCGCUGCGGCGGUUGCCGAAGCAAACACUAUGAAGCAGAAACCGUUGGUGAUGGAGUAUAGGCCAGGAGAUGAAGAAGCGGUACAGGCCGUCGCCACUGUCGAGAGCUGGGAGGAGGGGGAUGGAGCACCGAUGCCUGGCAGUCCGGCAGAAAAGCUGGGAGAGUCUCCUAAGCCUGCGCAUAGGCGGAAGGGGGCUGUUAUUAGCGGUCCAGCCUAUCCCCUAUUCCAUGUAGACCUGACAAGCGCAGUACAGAGCGCCAUAGCUAAUGUGGAAGCCAGACUGGAGGCGGAGAGCAGCUUGUGA